UUUUUCUUUAGGUGUGGCCCAAAAGAAUUAUAAAGAACAUGGGUCUUCACUUUAUAGAAUAUAACUUCAGGAGCUCUAAUCCUAAGAGCAAGGCAGAACACAGAAGAAAAUGGAGCAACAAUCAACUUGCUCUGUGGUUCAACAAAUGCUGCAGGCCAGCCAUCAAAUAAAAGAGACAUGCACUGACGCACAUGAAGUACAAGGUGGAGCAGAAUGGGCAACAUCUAGGGUUAAUCCCAUGGAGGAUGCCAGUGCACUGGAGAAGGCAAUUACAGCCAAAGGUGUUGAUGAAGGAACUAUUGUUGACAUUUUAACAAAAAGAACCAAUGAACAACGCCAAGAAAUUAGAGUUGCUUACCAAAAGAAAACUGGAAAGACUUUGGAUGAAAGCCUGAAGAAUGCUCUCGGUGGUAAACUUGAACCCCUCAUGUUGGGUUUGAUAAAAACCCCAGCUCAGUUUGAUGCUCAUGAGAUUAAACGUGCAGUAAAGGGUCUGGGAACAGAUGAAGACACACUCAUCGAAAUCUUGGUAACAAGAACUAACCAGCAAAUAAAAAAAGUCAAGCAAGCAUACGUUGAAGAAUUCAAAACUGAUCCCGAGAAGGAUAUCAGAGAGGACACAUCUGGAGAUUUUCAGAAGGCCUUGCUUGCCCUUUUAAAGGGAACUCGUAGUGAAGAAUGCUAUGUUGAUGAAAGCCUUGCUGAUCGAGAUGCAAAGGCUUUGUAUGAAGCUGGAGAAAAGCAGAAGAAAGCAAAUGUUGAGGUAUUCAUUGAAAUCUUCACCAAUCGAAGCUAUCCACACUUAAAAAAAGUGUUUGAAAAGUAUACCACUUACAGCAAACAUGAUCUCAAUAAGGCUUUGGAUCUGGAGCUAAAGGGAGAUAUUGAGAAGUGCUUGGUAGCCAUUGUGAAAUAUGCUGUGGACAAACCAGGUUUCUUUGCAGAAAAACUGCAUCUCGCAAUGAAGGGCUUGGGGACUCGUGAUAAAGUCCUGAACAGGGUGAUUAUAUCACGUUCUGAAGUUGACAUGAAAGCAAUUAAAGCUCGAUAUAAACAGAUGUAUAAAACCUCCCUGCGUGAGGAUAGUAAGGCAGAAACCACUGGAGAUUAUGAAACUGCGUUGGUUGCACUUAUUGGCUAUGAUGACUAACUUUUUAA